UAGUACAUUAUAGACUCCGACGACAUGAAGUUCGCGGUGAUCGUGGCUCUGAUGUGUGUUCUUAGUCCUCCAGUAUCUGCGGAUUCCGGAACUCGUCACACGAACAUCAAGUGUGAAAUUCAAGAUGAGUCCUUUGCGGAAGUAAACGUGUGUCGAUUAAAGAUCCUGGGUCGUGGCAUUAUCGGAGCUAAUGUACACUUAAAAAUUAAGAAGUUGCCGGUUAAAACAGUGAAGGUGAAUUUCAGCGUUUGGAAAAAGCUAUCCGGAUAUCAUCCAUUUCUAUUUAAUACCACGGUGGAUCUUUGCCACAACAUUAAGCACCCGAACCCCUCGAAUGUAUUCUACUACUUCUAUGGCGCUCUAAAGCCAUUCCUAAAUGUCAAUCACUCUUGUCCGAUCAAUCACGAUCUUAUACUGAAGGACUUUGUUUUAGAUGACAUGAUGUUCUCUCUCGUUCCCGUGCCAAAGGGGAACUACAUGUUUGAUAUUAAGCUUUGGGCUAAUGGAGCCUGGAGGGCCACUAUAUUUUCUUAUUUGGACAUUAAAGUCGACAAAACCUUGUAAUAAAAAAAUAUAUUAAUUUUUCUU